UACUAAGGCACUGAGUGGCGAUGAAAAGUUACAGUCCAUGGACAACCAUUUGCCAGAUUUGUGUCAGUUGGCGAGGAGAUUUCAUGACGUUCGUAGCACAAACUUCGGUACGGUGCUGGGAAAUUAGUGUGCUACCACCCUAAAUGGUGUUUUUCUCCACCCGCCCUUCCGGUACCGCUUGUCGUCGUCGGCCGUUUCGUUGUGCCUACCGUGUAGUGCAUUCGGUGUUCGAAUUUUCCUUUCUCACAUACGCCCAAAUCACCCCCACAGGAUAGAGUGAUGAUUGCGAUAUUUUUGGUUCUUAUGAGUGUUGUUUCUGAUACUUGUGAUGGAAUAUUAAAUUGAUUUUUCCUGUCUUGAUUGAAAUACUGUGCCGUUUAAAAUCUCCGAGGAAAGGCUUCGGAGUUGUUCUCAGUAGAAUGCCACAUAAGGUUGGCAAGUGAAAAUUUUAAAAAAUGGAACAAGUGCGCGUGCAUGCCAAAACUAAACACCGUAGUUCUCGGUCCGGAUCCAGCUCGCGGAGAGUGUCGACCAGCAGUGGGCAUCAGCGAUUGGAAGCUUCCGAACAAUCUCCAGGCAGGCCGCGAAACGAUGAAGAAGUUUCUAAAAAUAGAGCACCCUUUACCGUAGGAGGUUCACAUUCUUCACGACCAGAUGAAAAUCUAGAUAGCGCCUCUACGACGACAAACGCCAGCAGCACGAAAGUCCACAACAAUAUCAACAACAACAACAAUGUUGAUGAUGCAAUUGAUGCUAACAGAAAUCCACACGAUCAGCAGCGCGUGGAAACGACUUCCGUAGACACCGUUCCGGGAACGGACGACAAACUGCAAAAGGGUAUCCUGGGCUACAUGGACCGCCAGCUGAAGGUGCAAUCGCUGUCAGAUCCGCAGAAAAGUCCCGCUCAGCGGAGCACCCGCAGCCGAAGUAGCCUAGAUAAAAGCCCACGCAGAAAGCGCAGCAAAUCGGAAUCCCGCAGGCGGAGAGAGCGGAAAAUUAUCGCUGCUGGGGAAAUGGAAGUGCGCCAGGCAAACGAAACGCUGAUGCGGUAUCUGAAGCAGUGUUCCGAUUUCAAUGACGCGUCGCUUUCGGGUGAUUUGGAGAUUCCGGAAAACCUCGAAGAUAGGCGGGUGCACCGGAAGACGAAGUCGCAGCGAGAGCGGAAACACCAGCAGCAGAACGCGCCGAAGCAUACUGGUGAAGACACUUCCACCUACCAUGGCGAAAUCUACAACCCAUUCACACCAGUCGUGUCGCCAACGACGGAAGCGGCCCCAACCAGAAUCGAUAAAAUGUACAUCCAGACGGCUAGCGGAUAUCGGCCGGUAGACAAUACUUACCACCACCAUCACCUGCACCAUCAUCACUCGCAGUACCAUCGCCAUCAUCUGAGGCCUGGUGGCGGUGGCGGUGGUUUGGCUGGUGACCCUGAAAGCAAUAAUUACACAAUAAGAACAGCAGUGCAUCUUUCCUGUGCGGUGCAAAGAGUAUGGCUGCAUAUAGCCAACGUAUGUCACGGUUUGCUGGGAGGGUUGGCCCUGGCUCAUCUGCUGCUGAUCUGUACAACAAGACCGUACGAUUGGGUCGAAGCUUCCAUACGGCACUAUUCGGCCUUUGCGGAAGUAUACGCCAACACGUUUUACUGUUUGGCUAUCAUCUGUAUGGUUUCGAUAUUCGAUAGAAUGGACAUAUCACACUUCAGCCUAUCGAGUGCGACGGAUAACAACAUUUCGUUUAGAUCUGUGGUUAUCAUCAUGAUAUAUGCAGCAACGAUUGUACUGAGUCUGUCGGCUGGAUCGAUGGACGAACGCCUUUACCUGUCCGCUUCUAAUGUGACCGUGUGGGAAGAGGAACUGGAAACGAACAAAGUACUCAGCAUCUGGAAUACUCUAUCGAUAGCCCGCAGUGUUGGUGCUAUUUUCGGAUGGGUUGUGAUUGGCAUGUCGCCUGAUCAGGACCAACUGUACGACCAUUUGCUCGAAAUGGAGAAAUAUCAACUCCAGUAGGCAGCAACCAGUACCAACCAAAGAUAGGCAUAAUGAAAUCGACGAUAAUAAGCCUCUUAUCUCUAUAUUGCACUUCAAAAACUGUGUUACGUUCUUAAUGAGUAACUGUAAAAAUGGCCACUGUAAAUACUAGAAUAAAGGAUCAUAGCUAAUGGGAACGAUACAGAACAAAAUACGAAAAUAGAGAUCAUUCAAUAGCAGUAACAUAAACGAAGCCUCAGGCUAAGACAUCAUUGUAACAAUAAACCAGCAAA